AUGGCCCUCAUCCCCUGGCUUCGCGGGAAUGAAGCCCCCCCGCGGCUGUCCCCCCGGAGGCCGGCUGAGAUGGUGCUGGAGACGCUCAUGAUGGAGCUGGCGGGGCAGAUGCGGGAGGCCGAGAGGCAGCAAUGGGAGCGCAGUAACGCGCUCAGGAAGGUCUGCACCGGGGUGGACUACAGCUGGCUGGCCAGCGCGCCGCGGCCCACCUACGACCUCAGCCCUGGCGAGCGGCUGCAGCUAGAGGACGUCUGUGCCAAGAUCCACCCAUCCUACUGCGGGCCCGCCAUCCUCAGGUUCCGGCAGCUGCUGGCCGAGCGCGAGCCCGAGGUGCACGAGGUGUCGCGGCUCUUCCGCUCGGUGCUGCAGGAGGUCCUGGAGCGCGCGCAGCGAGACGCCGCCGCCCGCCCCCGCCCCCGGCCCUGGAGCCUGCGCCCCCGCCGCGCCCCCGCGCUGGACCCCCGCGGGCCCCGCGCGCGCGUCUCGCCCUUCGCCGGCCACAUCCGCACCGUCUCCGAGGACGUGGAGCGCGACGCGCCGCCGCUGCGCACCUGGAGCGUGCCAGAGUUCCGGGCGCCGCAGGGGGGCCGCCCCGCCAGCUGA